AUGAGCUGCAGCCCACACCUGGCUAUAAACCCAGGAAGGAACCCAAAGCCCUAAUCAGAAAUCUACUGGAAGAAGGAAAAAAAAACAGAAAGAGGCUGAAGCGAGACGAGCAAAAGAGGCAAACACUGCACGAGCGGAGUGAUGACUUCCAGUGAGAUCCAGAUCCCCGGAGAGGUGAAGAGCGACCCGGCCGCGCUCAUGGCAUCCCUCCACCUGAUGCCCUCACCGGUGCCCAAUCCGGAGAUCAAGCACACAAAGAUUUUCAUCAACAAUGAGUGGCAGGACUCUGUCAGUGGGAAGGUUUUCUCUGUCUACAACCCAGCUACUGGAGAGCAGAUCUGUGAGGUCCAGGAAGCAGACAAGGCUGAUGUUGAUAAAGCAGUGCAGGCAGCCCGACUUGCCUUUUCUCUGGGCUCUGUAUGGAGAAGGAUGGAUGCGUCUGAAAGAGGACGACUGCUGGCUAAACUUGCUGACCUGGUGGAGAGGGACAGCAUCUAUCUAGCAACCAUCGAGUCGUUGAACAGUGGGAAGCCUUUCCUGCCCACCCUGUUUGUCGACCUCCAGGCAACGAUAAAGACACUGAGGUACUUUGCUGGAUAUGCAGACAAGAUCCAUGGUGCCUCCAUUCCAAUGGAUGGAGAGUAUCUGACUUUUACCAGACAUGAGCCUAUCGGAGUCUGUGGACAAAUUAUCCCUUGGAACUUCCCUCUGAUGAUGACGGCCUGGAAGCUGGGCCCGGCACUCUCGUGCGGCAACACCGUCCUCCUGAAACCAGCUGAGGAGACGCCGCUCACCUGCCUCUACAUAGCAGCUCUAGUCAAGGAGGCCGGGUUUCCACCGGGAGUCGUCAAUAUUUUGCCAGGAUUCGGGCCAACAGCAGGAGCUGCGAUUGCUUCGCACAUGGACAUAGACAAAGUGGCUUUCACAGGAUCAACUGAGGUUGGCAAGCUGAUCCAAGAGGCAGCGGGGAAGAGUAACCUGAAGAGAGUGACACUGGAGCUGGGAGGGAAGAAUCCCAACAUCAUAUUCGCAGAUGCAGACAUGGAUCUGGCAGUAGAACAGGCCCACCAGGGUGUGUUUUUCAAUGCAGGCCAGUGCUGCACAGCAGGUUCUCGCAUUUAUGUAGAGGAGCCCAUCUAUGAUGAGUUUGUUCGUAGGAGUGUGGAGCGAGCUAAGAGGAGGAUAGUGGGCAGUCCCUUUGACCCCACAACGGAGCAGGGUCCACAGAUCAGUCGGGAGCAUCAGACUCGUGUACUGGAGUUCAUCCAGACCGGCAUCAGUGAGGGAGCAAAGCUGGAGUGUGGGGGCAAAGCUCUGGGCUUGAAAGGGUUCUUCAUUGAACCCACGGUUUUCUCCAGCGUGAGGGAUGACAUGAUCAUAGCUAAAGAGGAGAUUUUUGGCCCAGUCCAGCAGAUUAUGAAGUUUAAAACCAUUGAAGAAGUGAUAGAAAGAGCCAACAACUCAGAUUAUGGUUUGGUUGCUGCUGUGUUCACUAACAACAUCAACAAAGCCAUGACUGUAUCCACAGCCAUGCAAGCCGGCACAGUCUGGAUAAACUGCUUCAACGCUCUGAGCACACAGUGUCCAUUUGGAGGAUACAAAAUGUCUGGUAAUGGACGUGAAUUGGGAGAAAGCUGCCUGAGAGAGUACACAGAAGAGAAGACCAUCACGAUGAAGAUGGUCAACAAAAACUCUUAAUGCAGCUAUUUCCUGGGAUAAUAUUGGUCCGUCCACUGUGGAAAAACCACAUCAACCUUCAAAACUAGUUCUUACUCGCUGCCUCUAGUCCUUCCAUCAACUCGACCUUGCAGUCAGCCGUUCCCAUCCAGCUAUCUCCAGUCCUCAAUCAUCCCCCCCCCCCCCAUGAGGAACACCUCCUCCACUAACUACACUAAAGCACUCACAGAGACAAUGAUGGACGCUGCUCUGAUGGCAUCUUCCAAUAACAACUCCAUUCCCAGCCUCCACCCCUUGCUCACCCCCACCCCGGAAGCUGGAUGCUCAGAAAUGCAGUCGCUGCACUUGCAAUAAGCCCUUUACUAGCUAUGUGUCAUGUGGGAGGCAGUUUUUGUUUUUCUCUAUGUGUGAUAUGAUUGUCCAAACCUCAUGUGUCAUCGUCCUGGUAGAAUUUAUGCGACUUCAUCACCUCAUUCAAGACCACUGAUGUUGUGAAUGAAUGAAUUGUUUUUGUUUAUAUAUUAGCUCAUAUGACUUAACACUGUAUGUAAACCUUUGACUGAAGUAAACGUGAAAGAUUUUAAACUCUUAAAAACAUUGUACUCACUAAAGGAUGAGUAGAUGUAUUUUAAACCUUUGUGACUGAUUUUCAUUGAUGUCCAUCUAUGUUUAUGUUUAUACAAUCAUAUGCUAUAAAAUUAUAAAAUGUC